AUGCUUCUCUUGGAUUAUCAAAACGUCUUAAUUGAGUCUCUCCUAACGGAUCGCUUUUCUGGAGCACCCCCCGUCUCCAUUGAUCAGGUCGUUUCCGACUUUGAUGGAGUGACAUUCCACCUCUCUACCCCCGAAUCCAAGACCAAGAUCCUUAUCUCGAUCCACGUGAAAUGCUUUAAGGAGCUGGUUCAGUACGGCGCCCAGGAGGUGUUGGAGAGAGAAUAUGGUCCCUAUAUCGUGUCCCCCGAGCCUGGCUAUGAUUUCUCAGUACAAAUCGACCUCGAGAACCUGCCUGCUGAGCAGGAGGCCCGUAAUGAUUUGAUUAUGAAGCUUGCCCUCCUGAAGCGGAACGCAAUGGCCGCUCCAUUCGAGCGAGCGUUCGAUGAAUUCAACAAACUCGCCGAGGAGGCCUCUCAAUACACAUCAGAGUCUGCUCCUCAAGGCAUCAAGGAGGGUGGUCAAGUCAUGGCGAUCCAUUACCGUGAGGAGGAGGCAAUUUACAUCAAGGCCAACUGGGAUCGCGUUACUGUCAUCUUCAGCACCGUGUUCCGGGAGGAGACUGACCGGAUCUUCGGAAAGGUGUUCUUGCAGGAAUUUGUCGACGCCCGCCGCCGUGUCCAGACACUACAGAAUGCUCCCCAGGUCCUUUUCCGCAAUGAUGCUCCUCUUGAGCUGGCAGGUGUGCCUGGUUUGAGCACUAAGGAAGGAGAUGUCAGCUAUGUCACUUUCGUUCUGUUCCCACGGCAUUUGACCCCCCAGCGUCGCUAUGACAACAUUUCCCACAUCCAGACCUUCCGUGACUACUUCCACUACCAUAUUAAAGCCUCUAAGGCCUAUAUUCACACUCGAAUGAGAAAGAGGACAGCAGAUUUCCUUCAAGUGCUUAACCGAGCCCGGCCCGAGAAUGAGGAGCGUGAGCGCAAGACCGCUAGUGGUCGUACGUUCCGAGUGCAGGGUUAG